AUGUCCUCCUCACCAAUAACCACCCGUGCAUACCUACCCCCAGCAUCCUCCCCUUCCCGCUCCUACGACCGCUCUCUAUCCGGAACAUCUUCACCAACCCCCCUCUCGCGCAACCCAGUCUCCCUCCGCAUCUACAAAGUCCUCGGUGCCAACUUCGACGACGACGCCACCAAAGAGGCCCUUACCACCCUCUCCGACCUCUACUCUUCGCCUUCGACGUCAAACGCGGCAAAUGGCACUGCGAAGCCCAAGGUACCUACGAGAAGAGCAAGUGCGUACGUAGACAGUGAAGACGAGGACGAUGAGGACGAGAGUGAUGAAGAUGGUGUUGGUGGGAGGCGCGUCAAUGGGAAUGGGCUCGGAGGUGCGGGGAGAUUGAGUUUCUUCGAAGGUCCACCACCGGGAGAAACGGCCGCGAAAGCUCGUAAGAACUUGAGGAGGGAUAUAGAGCGGAAGUUGGCGGAGGGCAGUCAGAAGUUCUUGAAGGCGUUCGGGGAGGUCAAUGAGAAAUUGGAUGGAUUGCAGGAACACAUCACCGCUAUGCGGACUCAGUGUGGCGAGGCGCAGUCACAGCUACAUUCCACGAAUGAAGCGUGCAAGGUACUUCUGGACCGUGCAGGAAGUCUACGAGAGGAACGACAAUCAAUAGCCACCCGCCAAGCCAUCGUCACCCUCUUCCUCUCCCGCUUCACCCUCUCCGAACCCGAAAUCGAAGCUCUCACUUCAUACGACGUCCCCGUCGGUCCGCGCUUCUUCGCCGCCAUGGACAAGACUAUGAAAAUCAGAGAUGAUUGUAGGGUGUUGAUGAUGGGUGAUGGCGCCGGUGUCGCUGGUCAAGAUAUAAUGGCUGCGACGUCGCAAUACCUCGAAAAAGCGUACGACAAGAUCUUCAAAUGGUUAAGUCUCGAGUUCCGCCAGAUGGGCAAAGACGCGCAAUUGGAGGUCGGGGAGUUGAUGCGGGAGGGCGUGCAGAGACUGAGGAAGAGACAAGAAUUGCUCACCGAGGCCUUCCAAAUCCUUUCGCAGACGCGACAAACGGCCCUCCUGAACGCGUUCCUCACCGCCCUCACGCGCGGCGGUCCUUCAGGUCUUCCGCGUCCUAUCGAACUACACGCACAUGAUCCUUUGAGAUACACAGGCGACAUGUUAGCUUGGGUCCAUCAAGCCAUCGCCGCCGAACACGAAUUCCUCGAAUCCCUCAUCGUCUCUCCCGACCCUCCUUCCUCUGACCCGUCAUCAUCACCACAGCAAUCUGCGUCCAGGCCCGAUAUUAUAGGCCGAAGACCGACAAUAACGGGACGGAUGGUGGGCAGCGUGCGGACGUUUGGAGGGGAGGGGAAAGAUGCCGGGAGGAGGGAGGAGGAGGAGUGGAUGAGGGAGUUGAUGGAUGGGGCUGUUGGGCGGGUUUGUGUGCCACUACGCGCGCGUGUGUUACAGACCGUUAGAGCGCAGGAGAGCAGCAUCGUGGCGUAUAAAGUCGCGAAUCUGUUACAGUUCUAUACGGUCACGAUGAUGCGGACGAUAGGUGAGGAGGCCGUUCUGUCGAGAACUUUGAAGGAGAUCACGGAUGUCUCGUAUAAAGUUUUCUUCGACGCGAUCGAAGCGCAGGGACGCGCUCUCCUUCGAGUCGCACUCGAUCCCUCCGACACAGAUCUAACUCCACCCCCGCCCCUCCUCUCCCACUGUCAAACCCUCCGCGAGAUCCUCUCCGUCUACGAUUCCUCCCUGCUCGGCGACGAAACGCCAACAGAAAAAGAAGAAGGCGUGCGGGGGAUACUGCAGCGGAUGGUCGAGCCCGCGGUAGAGAUGUGUGUAGAGAGCGCGGAGGAGAAGGCGAGGGGUGUGUUGCAGAGGGGACAUGGGAGGGUGAAGAGUAGAGGUGGAGUCGGGAUUGGGAGGGACGGGAUCGGGAUGUUGUCGGGGCAGAGGGAGGGCUGGGAUAAGGAUGUGUUUGUGGUUAAUUGUUUGGUUUAUUUGUUGAACGUGCUUGAGCCGUAUUCGUUUACGGCGGAGAAGAGGAAGUGGUUGGAGGGGAUUGUGGAGGAUAAGGUCCAGGAGCUUAUCCAGCAGGAAUACGACGACAUCCUGCGCGCCACAUCGCUCCAAGACGCCGCCCAAGCCCUCUCGAAACCAUAUAACGAACCCCUCUCACACCACCCCUCCCUCCAACCCUCCUCCCUCUCCACCUCCCUCCACACAUUCUCCUCCUGGCUCUCCUCCCCCUCCGUAACGCACUCCGCCCGGCUCUCCCACCUCACCUCUAAAUCACUACACGCCCAGGUCCCACUGCACGAUCGGAUCCACAGGGCGGCGUUGAGGAAAUUGGGGAGGUUGUAUGGGAGGCUGUGUGAGGAAGUGAGGAGGAGCGAGAAUAGGUACGAGGCGGGGGCGGUGUUGUUGGGUGGGGAGAGGCCGUUUGGACAGGUUGGGUUGUUGUGGCAGAUUUUGGGGGUUGAGGAAGAGGGGGAGGGGGGUGGAGAUGAGGGCGCUAAUAUUGGGGAUCGGAAGGAAGGUGGGAGGGAGAGGAAGGGGAGUGAAGUGGACAGGGGCGAGAAGGCGUGAGGAUGGGGGUGCGAUACCCAGGCAGGAGUCAUAUAGUUA